GCGCAGUGCACAGUCGGAUCUCUCGAGCAGAAACAGCAGUUCCAACACAUCAGGAAAUCCACUGUAGCUGAUGCUUACUUUUUUCUGGAACAGUCAGUGGAAACCUUUGACAGCGCAAGGAUGAGUUAGCAGCAGCCCAUGACUGCACUGCUGAAGGGAGAGCCUGCUCUAGUGAAUCAGCAUCAAUUACAGAACAGCAUUAUAAUCAGCACAGUGGUUCUGGAAGAACCUGCCUGGAUCCAAGGAGAACCUCAGUGUUUACCACAUUCUGUUGAUAAUGAGGCACACCAAACAGCCUAACAUCAUGCUCGUGGUGCUCGGAUGUCUAAUAGCUGUCAUUUGGAGUUUCCCGUUUGGCCCUGUCCUUGAUCUGGAUGUCACCCCCAGGACAACUGUACACGUCAAUGGCCUAUUGGGCUGUAAUCGUUUCCAGGGGGCAGCAGUGAACUCCAGCACACUGUUGUUGGAAGAUGGUCCAGGGUUACUGUAUGUAGGGGCCAGGGAAGCCAUUUAUGCACUGGACACAUCUAAUAUCUCUGCCACCAGUAACACUCUCUCUCUGGAAUGGGCAGCAUCUGCUGAACAGAAGAGACAGUGCCUGAGCAAAGGGAAGAACAAUCAGACGGAAUGUUACAAUCAUGUGCGGUUCCUGGACAGAUAUAACGACACUCACCUGUACACCUGUGGGACUCAUGCCUUCAGACCACGCUGUGCUUACAUAGAUGUGGCACGCUUCACCUUUGUGCAUUAUGAGGAGGGAAAAGAGAAAUGUCCCUAUGAUCCUACAAAGGGCUUUACUGGAUUUAUAAUUGAUAAUGAGAUGUACUCUGCUUCCCAGUAUGAGUUUCAUAGUACCCCUGAUAUUCGACGCAACUUUCCCUUCCCCAACUUGAAGACGGACGAUUCUCCAGCAAGAUGGCUGCUGGAGGCAGAUUUUGUCGGCUCAGCGUUUCUCAGAGAGAGUAUCAACAGCUCUAUAGGGGAUGAUGACAAGCUCUACUUCUUCUUCACGGAGAGGAACAUAGAACCGACUGCUUAUUCCAGCCAGACCAAAGUGGCCAGGGUGGCCCGUGUGUGUAAGGGGGACAUUGGGGGUCAAAGGACUCUACAGAGGAAGUGGACGUCCUUUCUCAAGGCCAGGUUGGUGUGUUCCAUUCCUGAUUAUGAGCUUUACUUCAACGUCCUGCGCAGCGUUUAUGUCGUCGAGGCGGCCAACGUACACGACAGCGUCUUUUAUGGCGUGUUUGCAAUUGAGUGGAGAAAUGUUAAAAUGUCUGCAGUGUGUCAGUACUCCCUCAGAGAUGUCCAGACAGCUUUUGAUGGGCCUUACAUGGAGCUACAGGACUCUAAAUGGAGGGAAUACACUGGAAAAGUUCCAGAUCCAAGGCCUGGCUCGUGUAUAACCGAUCAGCAUCGUGCUCUGCUUAUAAAUUCCUCUCGGGAUCUCCCUGACAACAUACUGAAUUUUGCUCGAAGACACCCUCUAAUGGCCAGGCAGAUCCAGCCGCUUGGAGGACGGCCACUUUUGCUCCAGAGAAGUGCAGACUACACCAAGAUUGCUGUAAUUCAAGUUGCAGGGUUGGAUGGACUCAUCUAUGACAUGCUCUUCAUUGGAACAGAUGAGGGCUGGUUACACAGGGCAGUAAAGAUCAGGGACCAUGUGCACAUCAUUGAGGAACUUCAGCUGUUUGAGGAUAAACAACCAAUCAAUAACAUGGCAAUAUCACAAAAACAGAACAGUAUCUAUGUGAGUGCCCCCUCUGGACUGGCUCAAGUACCUCUGUCAUCCUGCGAGCGCUACACCUCCUGUUAUGACUGUGUGUUUGCACAAGAUCCACUUUGUGGCUGGGAUGGAAGGGUGUGUGCUGAGAUAUCAUCCUACUCUAACAGGUCCAGUCUAGUCCAGGACAUACAGAUGGGGAGCAGAGGCUGUACAAACAUUACAAGUGAUGGUUUUGUCAUGCACCGGACACGUGCGGUGAUGGCUGGAGAUGAUGUGCUUUUGCAGUGUGAGAUUCGCUCCAACCUGGCCUCCCCUCAUUGGACACUGAACGGUCAGCAGCUUCAGGGAUAUGGUGUGGAGUUCGGCUACCGUACUGGCAAUGACGGUCUCCUAAUCAUUGGGGCUCAGAACCAGCAGAGCGGACACUACCGCUGUUACGCAGUGGAAAACGGUGUUUGGGUUCCUGUCCGCAGCUAUAUUGUGAGAGUGCAACCCGUACUGCCUCCUGCAACACAUCUGUCAGCAAGCCCAACGGCUCUACCUGAGAGUUUCUUCACCACUGAAACUGUACAAACUCCAAGCCCUUCCAGAGGUCCUGUUGAGCAGCUCCUGUCCCCUCCACCUGCCCCGUUACCCUCUGGACCAGAGUUCCAGACCUAUAAACACAUGGAGGCCAUGUAUAUCUCUCUGGUGGCUGUUCUUGGUGGGCUUUGUCUAGUUCUAACAGUGGUCUUGCUUUAUGUGAGCUUCUGUGCACGUAGCACUCCUAACACCAGGAAGUACUCUCAACAAGGUAUUUCAGUAACUACAGCAACCGGACGAAAAAGGAGCUCGCACUUUGAGCUUAAAACAAUCUCAAGCCAUUGCAAUGGCCAAACAGAGGGGCGGAGCAGAGGCGCGUCAAGGGACGGCGAGUUUCUACAGAUUGUUUCAGGAGACACCCAGUCCACACCCAGUAAGGAGCCUCCACCUGCACCACCACUUCCAAUGCCUCCGCCCCUCCCAUCUUCAGAAUAUGCCAACGGACUGUCGGCUACGUUACCCAGUGUGCUGAGAAAGAUGAACGGGAACAGCUACGUGCUCCUGCAGCAGACAGACUCAGAGAUGACGUCGCCACUUUACCACUCAUUUACAGAGGAGCUCAAUAGGAUCCUGGAGAAAAGGAAGCAUACACAGCUGGACAUGGAACCAGAUGAGAGCUCAGUGUAGCUCCAGGUUACACUAUUACUAUAUCACCCCCUUGUGGUGGGAAGCUUAACUUUUGUAUAAGAAACACCCUUCCACCACCAUGAUGGUUUGUUAAUUGUGAUGUUUUUUGUAGAAUCUGUAUAUACAACAUAAGUUUCCUUGGGUUAACGCCUCGUGAUCUUUUCCUGUGAAAUGUUCAAAUAUGUGUGAGUUUCUCAAACAAAUUUUUUUCCGGCCUACUGAUCAAUUGAGGUACAGACUUCUGGUAGACUUCAAGUAGCUAAGGUCUUUUUUGUUAUGGACCUCGGAGCAUUAAAAUGGCAAGUUGAAGCUUUGUCCAUGGAAUCAAGAACACUGAAAGACUUAUGGUUGAAAUCUUUAGUUUUACAGAAGGAAAUUUUACAGAGAAUUAAGACUGUCCAAAGACUAUCUAGGCAAAGCAAUGCAUAUUUGUACACUAACAAGGUGAUAUUGUUCAAAUGCAGAUGUUUACAGAUAAUUUUUUAUUUUAUUUUGCCUAAUUGCACCUAAUGUAAAUAACAAUCACUUCAAAGGGAUAGUUCUCACCCAAAAAUGAAUAUGAUGUCAUCAUUUACUCACCCUCAUGUUGUUUCUGUAUGACUUUCUUCUGUGAAACUCAAAAGUACAGAAUAUUUGUGCCGCUCUUUUCCAUGGGCAAUGAAAGUGAAUGGGAACAGAUUAUGUUGAGUUCCAAAAAUGACAAAAAAGCACCAUAAAUGUAGUCGACACAACUUGUGUACAAUAUUCCAAGUCUUCUAAACACAUAUGAUAGCUUUGUGUGAUGAAAAAAAUUAAAUGUAAGUCAUUAUUCACAGAAAAUCUUCCCCUCUAGCCAGUUUGAGGUCAAUCGGGGGGCCUGGGUAGCUCAGCGAGUAUUGACGCUGACGACCACACCUGGAGUCGCGAGUUCGAAUCCAGGGCGUGCUGAGUGACUUCAGGCAGGUCUCCUAAGCAACCAAAUUGGCCCGGUUGCUAGGGAGGGUAGAGUCACAUGGGGUAACCUCCUCGUGGUCACUAUAAUGUGGUUCUCGCUCUCGGUGGGCCACGUGGUGAGUUGUGCAUGGAUGCCGCAGAGAAUAGCGUGGGCCUUCACACGCGCUACAUCAAUCCGCUACGGAUUGACGGUCUCAGACACGGAGGCAACUGAGAUUCGUCCUCUGCCACCCGGAUUGAGACGAGUCACUAUGCCACCACGAGGACUUAGAGCGCAUUGGGAACUGGGCAUUCCAAAUUGGGGAGAAAAGGAAAAAAAAAAAAAGAAGUAGAGUUUGGAUCAACAUCAGGGUAAGGAAGAAUUUUUGGGUGAACUAUUCCAUCAUUAAACCUAGUGAUAGCAGCUCAUCAAAAUAUUACAGAUCAGAACGUAUCUAAAAUGGAUUUUAUAAAAUGUUUGUAGAUAUAAUAUAAAUGGUCUAAAGCCUUUUUGAAACAGCCAUAAAGGCACACAGUUUUGGGCUUUGAUAGUAACACAAUUUUACUCAAACCUUUUUUAAAGUGUCCGAUUGCAAGAGGAUAACAUUUUAUCACACGCAUUUUGUUGACAUCUACAGAUAUAAAUGCGAAGCGAUCAUUUUCCGUGCUACUCGGCUGUAGAACUCCAGAUGGGUUUCAAUGUGCCAAAAGAAGACAAAUAGCCUUACAAUUGUGGAAUCACCCUUGCCUGUUACUGUAAAUGCUUUCAAAUUAAGCAUAAGAUGCCCGAAGAGGAAAGUGCAAUCAAUAAAUGCUAGGAUCAUUCAAAAUUUUACAUUUUAAUGCAAUCAGACAAUGAAUUUGCAAUUCAUUCAUUUACUGCAUGACAAUGUGCCUGGUUAGUUAUAAAUAAUUCAGAUUCACAAAUUGCUUUGAAAACUUCAGACAUAUAUGUAAUUAUAUAAAGUUUUUUUUUCCUGUAUUGUGUAUAAUGCGACUGGUUUUGCACUGGUUUGUAAACAGUGUUAAUAAGCAGUGAUGAUGCCAUGCACCAAGUUUUGAGUCAGCUUUUGCCUGUCUCUCCCUAGUGGCUUUCCAAGCUUGUGCUGCUCUAUUUGUCACUGUUGCUGACAGGAACAGCAGUGCUUAGCAAGAACUCCAUCAAGAUAUAGAGAGCACUGUGGAGGGCUAUGUCUCAAAGAGUCUGUUUCGCUGUAACUAAGUUUAGGGUUAGGGUUAGGUUUAGAGGUAGGUGUAGGGAUUCUGUAGGACUCCAAAUAAACAGCGUGGGAACGUCGCAUGCGGCUCUUGCGAGACUUUAGGUAACCGGGAUGUUACCUUCUAGACACAACCACUGUGAAAUCUUAAAACAGCAGAAAGCACAGGGAGAGACAUAUGAGCUGCUUGUUUUGGCCAGUGAGUUGUGAAACUCAAACUGUGUCUGAGUUUGUCUCUUGUUCACUAUAUCUCUCACAAUUUUUUCCAGAAAUUCAUGUUAUUUUGCAUCCACGCACUCAUGUCAUUGUCAACAUUUAAUUGUUAAUUCCCCCAUAGAUCUGUGAUUGUAUUUGUGCCCUGCUAUCCUUCCUUUAAACCCAGAUGGUGACCAUGGCUGUCAGGUAAUUACUGUAAUGACUUGUCCAAACUCUUGUCUGAUCUACUAAACAUUUUUGAUCAGUCUCCCUUUAUCUUGAUACAGUGGCCCAAAAAAGUAUUUGUACACUAAAAGGGAUAGUU